AUGAUCGUAUUGUCUAAAGUAGAAAAGAUACCACCAGACGACGACAAUGUGCUGAACCAAAGCAACAGUUUCAUCGGCCUGUUCAUAUUACUGGGCAGGACGUUCACUUACAUCUUGAACCACGGUUUCCAAAUAGCAAUAAAUGUGUUUAUAAUUGUCUUCAUAGAAGCCAGUCCAAUGUUGCUGAUGGAAACGUUCAACUUAGGACACGAACUUAUAAACUGCAUCACCGACAUAUUUAAUUUUGCUGUCACUUUGGACGAGAGCGAGAUCGAAUUCUAUGAGUAUCUGUGACACUUCUACCUUUGACAUAAUAUAAAACUAAUAAACCAUUUUGUUGACAGUUUUUUAGAGUCACUUGUUAACGUAUGAAAACUCUGUAGGCUAGACAUAUACCUAAACAUUCUGGUGUAACAAGCGCAUCCAAAUUUCGCUCCAAAGCUUUUCAUAUACGACAGGUCUGGUAUAAUGACGCAAACGCAGAUUUACUGUCAUUUUUCCUAAACCACAGAAAUCGCAUUUUGAUAGUAUACUGAUUAAGAUGUGACGUUUAUAGCAUCAUUGUCUAGCAUAGGGCAAGGGUGGCCAACCUGAUUAGAUAAGACGGCGAAACCCUGUGAGGUCUACCAACUACACACCUCUUGAAAUUAUUGUAAUUAUUCAUGCAGUACUUUUUAUAAAGGAAAGCAUACAAUUGAAUUAUCAAUAGCUACUUACUAACUACUUUUAUAUUUUUCAUUUAUUUAUAAUUUUAGUGGGAGCAAUGCGCCCUCUAGUUUGUGAAAUAAUUAUUAUAAA